CAGGGUUGUAGGAGAACCAAGUGCUUUUGAUGAAACUGAAGAAAACAAGAUUAAAAAUGUAUAAAGCUCAGUGUACUUUACCUCACCUAGUAACCCGAGACAUUGCCUUGUCCGUGAUGCUCACUGCAUGGUGCCGCACCGUGGACGUGUCUCAAACAGAAUUUCAUCCUUAACAUAAAUGCCUAAUGGAAACGGACUACUCAUUUCAAACUGGACUGCACUUUCUCCAACGCUGACUUGAUGUGUUCUGACCUGCGUUUCAGGUCUCACCCCUGCUGAGCCUCUUCUCUUGCAGAAGCUUUAUAUGAUCUCUGUUUACUAUCUGUGUGAGUUUCUGAAAUUGUCUUGUACAAUGGUGCAACAAAUUCCUCUGAUUAUCCGGGCCAGCAGUGGUAAUUGGAUACACAGUGUCUCCUGUUAUCUGAUUAAGUCUCUGAACAACAUUUCUGAACAACAUGUGCAGUCAGAGGUUGGUGUAUAAAAGGCAGUAAGCCACUGAGCACAAUGGAUAAUCACCAAAAGAGGAAUCUAACUUUUCUUACCAUUGGACUGAUAUUCAUGCUGAGCGGCAUUGAGUAUGCCGUCAUUCUGCCUACAAUAUGGAGGUACCUGCAGAUUUUGGAGGCCCCUCCUUAUUUCCUGGGUCUGGGUCUGUCUGCUUUCAGUCUGAGCGGGCUGCUCACAGGCCCGCUUUUUGGGUUCUGGUCAGACCGGUGCAAAACCACAAAGUCCAUCAUUCUUUUUUCUAAUCUUUUUGAGAUUGCCGGUAACUUCAUGUACUUUAUUGGAUAUUCAAAGUGGCUGUUGUUAUGGAGUCGACUUGUAGCAGGUGUCGGCGCAGGAGCAGGCUCCUCCAUCUUUGGUUUCCUAACUCAGAGCACUCGGCCAGAGGAGCGUGCCAGUAUCUUCGCUGCCAUCAUGGCCUGUCGACAAGCUGGCCUCCUUGUCGGGCCGGCGUUCAACCUGUUCCUGCGGCUGUGUGAUUUCAAACUGGGGCCCUUUGUUGUGAACAAGUAUACGUCUCCUGGGAUCUUCAUGUGCCUGUUGUGGAUGCUGCUCCAGUGCGUUGUCCUGGCUAUGUAUUGGGAUGUACCACCCAUCAGCUCAGAGGGUGGAGCCGUGAUGGUGGAGAUGAAACGGGAGGAGGACGAUCAGGAGGAGGUGCCGCUGAUGGGUUCCGAUGAGGAGCCGGUGCACACUUACAGAGCUGUCAGCUCCAACCAAUUGGAGAUCUCCACCUCGUCUGAGACGGAGCCCAUCCAUGGCUCCUCCACGGUCUCGAACCCCUUCAGAAACUUCAGCGCCAGCAGAGAGUUCCUGAGAGAGGAGGUGGUUGUUCUCCUCACGGCUCAGUUCAUCACUCUCUUCAAUCAGACAGCGCUGGAGACCAUGGUGACUCCUAUGACGCAGCGCUACUUCAGCUUCGGUGAGCUGGGCAACAGCCUGAUGUACAGCCUGUGUGGGGUGGAGGUCAUCCUGGGCUUCUUCUUUGUGCGCUGGCUGAGCAGGAAGGUGGCGGACCGAGUAGUUCUGGCCGUGGGCCUGGUCAUCUGUUGCACCGCCUGUAUCUGGUGCCUCAUCUUCCUCUGCAACCCUCGAGGUGGUUAUGGAUGGGAGCUGACAGCCUUCAUCAUCGGGGUGUUUCUGCAGCUGCUUGGGCUUCCUUUCGUGGCCGUGUCUCAGGUGUCUCUGUUCUCCAAAGUCACUGCAGAGAAAACACAAGGAUUCAGCCAAGGUGUCAGACGCUCCAUUGGGGGCCUGGCCACCAUCUUGGGUCCUCUGUGGGCUGGAGGACUGACCAAUAACUUGUACAUAAUGCUGGGCAUGAUGCUAGCUCUCCUCAUCAUGAUCACAGUUAUGACAGCACUGUCCUACGACCACCUGAUUGAGCCCAGGGCAGUGCAGCACGCCCAGAGCUCUGACAGCGGAGGAUAGAGCUGCAGUCUGUCUGAAGAGCAGGACAGGCUAUAGAUGGACAGAGAGAAUGCCCUUCACUUCGGGGAGAGAAUCGAUAUAAGUUCGCUGCAGAGGAAAAUGCAUGAGUGUGGAAUAAAAAUGUUCAGAUAACCUGCUGUACCUCAGAACCUGACAUAGAGGUGAUCACACUGCACAGGUAAAAUACCGUCUGUUUUAAGCAAUGCACAACCUCUGUUAUCUGUAUAUGUAGAUUUUUAUUAGAAUCUGUCUUGUAUGUACAUCAUCACCGGACUAUUAAUUAUAUUUUACACAAGGGGGCACCAUUGCUCUCAUAUUGAAUAUUCAGGGGCGUAAUUGAAGAUGAAAGCCAUUAUUUUUAAACUGAACUAUUUAUAUUCCCAUGUGCUGAUGAAAAGAUAAGAGAGCAGGUAUCUUCAUGUGACCCAUGUACCAAAAUUUUUGUUUCUUGUCCCAAGUCUUUCUUCCUCUAAAUAAAAAAAUAAAAAAAAUCCCUCUGGAAAUGAAACAGUUGACACAAUGAGUGCAGAAGUGGAGUUGUCAACAUCUUAGCAGCUCCAUGUCAGUGAAGCUGAUAGAAGAGGAGGGUCAAAGAGAAUGAAGCUGUACAGAUUUCUUGGUAUUUACUUGUAGUGUUGGAGGAAAUUUGAGCACUUUUAUUGUUAAGAUCUAACACACAAAGCCUUGGAUCUAAUGAAACCAGUUUGAUUUUAUCUGGAUCUACUCCUCUAUAUUUUAUGUGCAAAUGAGAAGCUCUUGCAUUAAAACCUAAUUUAAAAAAAAUACUUGUUAAUUAGCUUUCUUUAUCUUUUUACUAUGGGGGGAUUUAAAGUUUAAUUGACUGUAUUCAUAAUUCAAAACGUGACAAGGUGUGAGUAGUGUAUAGUCAGCUGUUCUUGCCUAUAUUCUCCUCUAGGAUGUGCUGUAUGCUACACAUCUGCAUCUAACAGGAGAAUGCUGUAAGCAACAUCAAGGCAUUGUAGAUUCCCUUUGUACCAAUGAACAUGGGUUCGGCCAAUCUCUGUGUUUUUGCAUAAUUGCAGAUAAGGCUCAGUAACCUUUCCAGUUUUCUACACUCAGCAUGUGAUAUUUGGCUUUCCAAAGGCUUUUCGCCUAAAAUGGAAAUUCUAAUCUCAGGGACUCAAGGACAUAAUAUAUAUAAGUACUUUCAUGCCCUGAUCAGCGUAUUCAGGUACUUGACAUUUUAAGGGAGAUAACAGGGUGCAUAGAAUCAGGUCAAGCCUGAAUUUACUCUCUUUGAACUGACUCGCUUUUUCAGCAUGAUUCCUGCUGUCUUGUGUUUUUAAAGAAACUCCUAUACAAUUUAAAUAUACAAAACUAUUUUUAAAUCCCCAGAACACUUUCAUUUCAAUCUUCAGUUUUUCUCUAUAACAUUAAAUAUUAACUGUUCAACAAGCAUCAAUUAGUUUAAAAAGAAAAAAUCAACAUUUCCUAGGUCAGGUAUGUGAUAUGUGAGAUAUAGCACAUUGUUCCUCUCACAGUUUAAAGGUUGAAUUCAUGAGCAAUGAAAUGCAUCCUUGCUCAAUUCAAUAUACUUGAAUCUUUUGCUGCUGCAGCGUCAUUGGUCUGGUAUGACCAGAAGCUUCUGGUGGCUAAUUUUAACUAGCGUUAGUUAGCAAACUUUUGAUGUCUUGAGCUGUGUAACCAUGACAUCACUGAGUUUGCACAUUCAUCACUUCUGCUAAUGUUACCCUACAUUUUAACAUAAAUAUAUUACAUAAAAAUAAAACAAGAGGUAAAUACACUGUACCUCACCAGCUGA